AUGGGUCGUCUUCACAGCAACGGAAAGGGCAUUUCGUCCUCCACCGUCCCCUACUCCCGCACCGUCCCCUCGUGGCUCAAGACCACCCCCGACCAGGUCGUCGAGCAGAUCUGCAAGCUGGCCAAGAAGGGCGCCACCCCGUCCCAGAUCGGUGUCAUCCUGAGAGACUCGCACGGCAUCGCCCAGGUCCGCAUCGUGACCGGUAACAAGAUCCUGCGCAUCCUCAAGUCCAACGGCCUGGCCCCCGAUAUCCCGGAGGACCUGUACAUGCUGAUCAAGAAGGCUGUUGCCGUCCGCAAGCACCUUGAGCGCAACCGCAAGGACAAGGACUCCAAGUUCCGCCUGAUUCUCGUCGAGUCGCGUAUCCACCGUCUGGCCCGCUACUACAAGACCGUCGGUGUCCUGCCCCCCACCUGGAGAUACGAGAGCGCCACGGCCAGCACCAUUGUCGCAUAA